CGCGUAAUAAUGUUAAAUUGUUAAUGCAAUAUUAUUAUUAUUAUUAUUAUUAUUAUUCGUUGCGCAUUGCACACUCCACAUCGCGUUAAGCGUUUAUCAAGUUACCACAAGUCUUAUAAAUUUACAAUUUAAUACUACUACAACAAUACUGUUACUGUGUGUUUGGAUGAGUAAAAGAGAUUUUCACGCUACAAAUUCGCACAUAGUAAUAUCGUUCAUUAAUUGUUUAUCGUCUCAACGUGGUAUCAACUAUCAAUUGACAACGUGCACCAUACACCGGUUCGUCGCGUCUAAUUUUCUACGGACUACUGGAAAACCUGAACACCAUGAGCGAAUCAUUCUCCAACGGUUGUGAACAGGAAACUUUAAAGUUCAACAACCACCUGUCACCGACCAAGAGUGGCAUGCUCGCCCCAAGCCCAAUAGUGACCAGACGAACAAGAACUGAUUCAACAUCUGCUCUUGCUCUCAAGAAUCCACAAAUAUCUGGGAAAGUUAAAUACUUUUGUAAAUCUAAAGGACAUGGCUUUAUCACCCCAGACAAUGGUGGUCCAGAUACAUUUGUACAUAUAUCAGAUAUUGAAGGAGAAUUUGUUCCGUUACCUGGAGAUCAAGUACACUAUCGCCUGUGCCCUAUUCCUCCAAAACUAGAAAAGUUCCAAGCUGUUCAUGUGGAAAUUGUUAAUUUAACACCUCAAGUACAUUUAAAAUGGGAUGCUCCAGAAAACAAUUAAAUGCAUCAUGAUAGUAUAAUGAUAAUUUUCACAUAAAUAUGUCCAUUAAUGUGUGAAGUCUUGCAAAUAUCUAAAUCUUCAUUAAAACUGAUACAUUCCAAUUGUUCAUGUUCUAUAAUAAAACGAGGAGACUUAAUCAGUUGUAAUGAUAUUUUUUUUUUUUUUUUGAUUUUAGCUAAGUGCCAAAAUAAAAUAAUCCAUCUAAUUUAUUCAUAAUUCUAUAAGAUAUUUGCUUUUAUAGUCCUUUAGGUAAUAUAUCAAUCUAGAUUAAUUAUUCAUUGUACAUGUAAUGUCAAAUUUUGAAAUGACAAAAAUUUAAUUAGUUCAUUUUCAGAUAAA